GUAAUAUGUCAGCAAUGGUAGAUAAUGGAGAUUAUCCAUUAGAAAGGACGAUUUCAUGGCAAGAUAUUAGAGACGCACCUCUUUUAUCUAGCAGACAUUCUCAAAAUGAUCAAGGCUACAUUUAUGUUGAUAGCAAUAAUCGAAAAUAUAGAAAACCACCUGUUCAUUUUUCAGUGAAUAUCACUAGUAUCGAUGGUGACCCUCAUAAGAAAACAUGUCAACCAGGCUCAACUGUUUCAGGUUAUGUUCAGCUCAAUUUGGACUCACCACUGGCAGCACAAUAUCUCAAAUUACUAUUCAGAGCAACAGAACACAUUUACAAAGACAAUAACAAGAAAGUGCGUGAACGUUUAUUUUCUAUCAGAACUACCUUGUGGGGGACACCUUCUAUCUCUGACUAUCAAUGGCCAAUGUUGGAACCAGGAAAGCAUCGUUUCCAGUUCCUGUGUGAAUUGCCGUUAAUCAAUUAUCCUCCUAGUUUCAGGCAUCAUUUGGCCUCGUGUGAGUUUGAAUUUUUAGCUUCCCUGGAGCGACCGGGUAUCAGGCCCUUUCAGACAGUACCCGUCUUUAUUCGAUACCAGCCAUUGGUACUAACUUCACCUUUAAAAUCACCUCGACCACAUAGAGAAGAAACAGUAUUUAAUAAUCAAACAGUCACCAUGAUCCUACCAAAGGGAUGCAACUACAAUAUCAACGAUUAUACCCACAAGAGUACGAUGGACGUUCAUCUCUCAUUUUCUCAACAUACGCCCAUAAACCAUAUCGAAGCCACUAUCAAAAGAGAAAUACAUGUCUCUUAUGGUUCCUAUCAACAGACGGAUACCAUGGUGAUGAGUCACACUGAUCAAUCAUCUUUCUAUCUUCAGCAAACAAGAGAUGGACAGCUUCUCUAUCUCAUUCAGGUGCCAAUGCCUACCGAACACAACAAAUUCAAUUCUUCCGCGGUUCAAAGGAACUUUAGUGUCUUGGGCAUGACUACAUCACUUGUUGAACAUUCAAAACACACUCGCAUUAUCUACAAGCUGGUAAUCACAGCAAAGAUCAGACAUGGCUUUCUGUAUCAAAAGCGUACACUGUUUUCAACUAUACUUCAAAUAGGCACACUUCCACAUGGAGUUCAAGUACCUUCAAAUGUUGUAUCCUAUACCACAAUCGCAUCAGAAUCAUCUACAUCGGCAACAAGGCCUCGGUUCUUGUAUGUACCUGAUAUAGGUGAAGAGCAAUUACCUGCAUACGGAGAAGAACCGUCCCCUCCAAAGUACUCUUCUUGUCAUAGAAACUGACUGUUUAUUUAAUCCUGUUUGAUUUUCCCUGUAAAUAAUAAUCACUUGUAGAACAUCAGUAUGACUCUUGUAUAUCAAUAAAAAAAAAACUGGUAACAUAUUAAUAAGCCAUCUCAUUUUUAUUUGAG